AUGACUGUCCAGAGCUCUUCAGACGCGGGACCCCUCGUGGUCCUUGUCUCGUCUCGCGCCGUCAUCACCCUCCCAGACGACUCACUCCUCCUUACUCCGGCCACGAUCACCAUCUCUCCCACUUCAGGGAAGAUCAUUUCCGUCGAGCCCACCAUUCGUGAUGCCUCAAGCUUCCCAGAGACAACCACAUACAUUGACUAUUCCCCCCGCAUUCUGCUGCCCGGCCUCGUUGAUGCUCAUGUACAUCUCAACGAGCCUGGUAGGACCGAGUGGGAGGGGUUCUGGACUGGUACUCGGGCCGCAGCCAGCGGAGGCGUCACCACUGUAGUCGAUAUGCCACUUAAUGCAAUCCCACCCACUACCACAGUCAAGGGCUUCGAAGAGAAGCUCGCUGCCAGUCGUGGCCAAUGCUGGGUUGAUGUCGGGUUCUAUGGGGGCGUGAUCCCUGGAAAUGCCAACGAAUUGAAACCUCUCGUAGAAGCCGGUGUGCGCGGUUUCAAGGGGUUUCUCAUUGAAUCCGGCGUCGACGAGUUCCCCGCCAUCUCUUCAAUAGACGUGGCGCUUGCCAUGGAAGAGUUGAAGGACUCCCCUACUACCCUUAUGUUCCACGCCGAGAUGAUCCCGCCCAUUACCGAUUCGGUCGGAGAUGCUGUCCAGGCCUCGGAGCCACCCCUCAAGCCUCACGGAGAGCUCUCCGCUUAUAACACCUUCUUGGAAUCUCGUCCUCCCUCAUUCGAGACGUACGCCGUCGAGGAGAUCCUCUCUCUGGCCCACAUCGCCCCCGAGCUACAGUUGCACAUUGUACACCUUUCAGCCACCGAAUGUAUCCCGAUCCUACGCGCGGCCCGGGCCAAGGGUAUCAAAGUCACCGCUGAGACAUGCUUCCACUAUCUUGGUCUCUCAGCUGAGGAGAUUGAGAAGGGCGACACAAGACAUAAGUGCUGCCCACCUAUCCGCGAGGAGAAGAAUCGGGACGGCCUGUGGGAAGAGCUCACGUCAGAAGGAUCCUGCAUCCGGACUGUGGUCUCAGAUCACUCACCAUGCACACCUGAGCUGAAACUACUGCCUGGUCACCUGGACCGGCCCGCCUUGCUUCGCCCGGCAGUCUCGCACUCCGACUCCGGUAUCGACGUCACCCUGCCAGAGGAAGAAGUCCAGCAAGCGGCGAAGCAACUCGAGUCCCGGGGAGAUUUCUUCGCGGCCUGGGGUGGCAUCUCAUCCGUUGGCCUUGGUUUGCCGAUUCUUCACACAAAAUCCCACUCUCGUCUUGAGCGCUCCCUUCCCGCACCCUCAAUUGUUGAUGUGGUUCGUCUGUGUAGCCAGGCUACGGCGGCACAGGUCGGUCUAUCGCAUCGCAAGGGUGGGCUGCGCGAAGGCUUGGACGCCGACAUUUGCGUAUUUGACGAGAAUGAGACAUGGACCUUCCUUCAAGGCGACAUGCGGUGGAAGAACCGCUGCUCGCCGUGGGAAGGCCACAAGUUCGUCGGUAGGGUCCGAGAGACCUGGCUGAGGGGCCAAAAAGUCUUUGACCUAGGCGCCAAGGGCGACGGGUUUAUCUGUGCGAGCCCGUUGGGCGAGAGCAUCACAGAAAAGCGAUUUGCUUGA